CAUCUCAUCAGCGAGAGCUUUCUAACUGUCAAAGGUGCUGCCCUUUUUCUACCACGGGGAAAUGGCUCAUCCACUCCAAGAAUCAGCCACAGACGCAACAAGCAUGCAGGUGAUCUCCAACAGCAUCUCCAAGCAAUGUUCAUAUUACUCCGCCCAGAAGACAACAUCAGGCUGGCUGUAAGACUAGAAAGUGCUUACCAGAAUCGAACACGUUAUAUGGUAGUGGUUUCAACCAAUGGUAGACAAGACACUGAAGAAAGCAUCGUUCUAGGAAUGGAUUUCUCUUCUAAUGACAGCACUUGUACCAUGGGCCUAGUCCUGCCUCUCUGGAGUGACACCCUGAUUCAUUUGGAUGGUGAUGGAGGGUUCAGCGUAUCAACAGAUAACAGAAUCCACAUAUUCAAACCUGUAUCUGUGCAGGCAAUGUGGUCUGCACUACAGAGUUUACACAAGGCUUGUGAAGUGGCCAGAAUGCAUAACUACUACCCGGGCAGCCUGUUUCUCACCUGGGUGAGUUAUUAUGAGAGCCACAUCAACUCAGAUCAAUCAUCAGUCAACGAAUGGAAUGCCAUGCAAGAUGUACAGUCCCACCGGCCUGACUCUCCAGCUCUCUUCACUGACAUACCAACUGAACGUGAGCGAACAGAAAGACUAAUUAAAACCAAAUUAAGGGAGAUUAUGAUGCAGAAGGAUUUGGAGAAUAUCACAUCCAAAGAGAUACGAACUGAAUUGGAAAUGCAAAUGGUUUGCAACCUGAGAGAAUUCAAGGAAUUUAUAGAUAAUGAAAUGAUAGUGAUUCUUGGUCAGAUGGACAGUCCUACACAGAUAUUUGAGCAUGUGUUCUUGGGCUCCGAAUGGAAUGCCUCUAACUUAGAGGAUUUACAAAACCGAGGGGUGCGGUAUAUUUUGAAUGUCACUCGAGAGAUAGAUAACUUCUUCCCAGGAGUCUUCGAAUAUCAUAACAUUCGGGUAUAUGAUGAAGAGGCAACGGAUCUCCUGGCUUACUGGAAUGACACUUACAAAUUCAUCUCUAAAGCAAAGAAACAUGGAUCUAAAUGCCUUGUGCACUGCAAAAUGGGGGUGAGUCGCUCAGCCUCCACUGUGAUUGCCUAUGCAAUGAAGGAAUAUGGCUGGAAUCUGGACCGAGCCUAUGACUAUGUGAAGGAAAGACGAACAGUGACUAAGCCCAACCCCAGCUUCAUGAGACAACUGGAAGAGUACCAGGGGAUUCUGCUGGCAAGCAAACAGCGGCAUAACAAGCUCUGGAGAUCUCAUUCAGAUAGCGACCUCUCAGACCACCAUGAACCCAUCUGCAAGCCAGGGCUAGAACUCAACAAGAAGGAGAUCACCACCUCAGCAGACCAGAUUGCCGAAGUAAAGACCAUGGAAGGUCACCCAUCUAUACCUCCUGUCUUUGUGGAACAUGUUGUCCCACAAGAUGAAAAUCAGAAAGGCCUGUGUACCAAAGAAAGAGUGAUCUGCUUGGAGUUUACUUCUAGGGAAUUUCAUGCCGGACAGAUUGAAGAUGAAUUAAACCUAAAUGACAUCAAUGGAUGUACAUCAGGGUGUUGUCUCAAUGAAUCAAAAUUCCCCCUUGACAACUGCCAUGGAUCCAAAGCCUUAAUCCAACCUGGACAGGCCCCAGAAAUGCCCAACAAGUUCUCAGACUUAACAGUUGAAGAUUUGGAGACAGAUGCACUGAAAGCAGACAUGAACGUCCACUUACUGCCAAUGGAAGAAUUGACAUCUCACCUGAAAGACCUCCCCAUGUCCCCUGAUCCUGAGUCACCAAGCCCCCAACCCAGUUGCCAGGCUGAAGUCUCAGAUUUUAGUACAGAUCGCAUUGAUUUUUUUAGUGCCCUGGAGAAGUUUGUAGAGCUUUCUCAAGAAACCCGGUCACGAUCUUUUUCCCACUCAAGGAUGGAGGAACUGGGUGGAGGAAGGAGUGAAAGCUGUCGACUGUCAGUGGUAGAAGUAACCCCUUCUGAAGUGACAGCUGAGGACCAGAGAAGCAGCUCUUUGAGUAACACUCCCCAUGCAUCCGAAGAAUCGUCAAUAGAUGAGGAACAGUCAAAGAUUCUGAAUGUUUGGGAUCAUUCCUAGCAUCUCGCCUCUUCCAACUCUUUAUCUAGCAUUAUCCUGGUUCUCUACCUUUAUCCCUACCGUAUCUCCUCUCUCUCAUCUUGGGAAUUACCAAGAGCUCCAAGGACAGCAUGAGGAGGACAGCCUAGGUUCUGAGGUCCCCUCCUGAUAAAGGGCCGCAGACAGAUGCUGUUGGAUAGACCUGAAGCUUCUGAGACGUGGCAGCUCACAGAAAUCUUCACCUGUUCCUUCUGAGGAUUCAGUUCUGAAGUGAUCUAGGCAUGUUUGGUAAAGAUGUUUUUGUGGGAGUGUUUUGUUUUUUUAAGAAAGCAUUAUGCAAAAUGGUUCACUUUUAAGGGCAUUUUUAAAUAAAGCCAUUCUUUGGCUUUUUUUUUUUUUUUUUUUACAACUAUUUGUGGAUACUUUGUUUACAUUGUGUGAGUAUUAAAACGUGCAUCAUCUUGAUGGCAGCUCAGUGUCCUCCUCCAGGGACCCAAAUCUGGCUGUCCUGUGAGCCCUCACACAGAGCACCGCUGUAAUGGUGAGCCCGCACGGGUGAGCGGGGAAAACCUGGAGCUGACUUCCAUCUGUGUCCUGCACUCCCGCCCAACACCCUGUACGGAAAUAGUCGUCAUCUCCUCAGUGAUGGUGUGUCUUACAGUGAUGGUUGUACUGGUGAAUGGCUAGUGUCAUUUUUGUUUAAUUUUGUUUUGCUUUUGGAUGGUAGAUGAGAUGAAAUUUUAGCUCUUUCGUCACCAAUCCAACUUAAGAGGCUCUUGGACUUUGUUUUCCCCUUCAACCUAAAAGAACAAGGCAUGUAUAGACAACUGUAUUUGGUGUCUCAACUCAUCCGGUCCCCAUAUUAAGAAAAAGCCUGCUGCCAACGCAGGCAGCUGCACACCCCUAACCCUUCUCCCGGGCUUGGGGUCCCUGGUUGCCAUGGAGAGCUCUCGCAAGGUGCUUCUGUACUCCUCCAGCCUGGAGUGGAGGGUGACUCAGCCUGGCUCCUGCUGUGGAAAGAGAACCAGCCUCAUUUUCUCAGUGCCCCGAGUUCUAGGGCAGGAUUUCUAAACUGGAAUCACCCCCCGUGGGCUUGAACAGGCCCCAAGGGGUAUAUGACUAUCUGUGUCCUCACCACGACACUGGCGGCAGCAUCCUGUAUACACAUGCAGAGCUAAUGCCCAGGGCUUCGCGCGAGCUGGUGACCCAGCCGGUAAACUGGGGAAUGCCCUGAAAUGUUUCCCAGUCAAUAAGGCCACAGGGAGUUGGUUUUUAUGUUUUAUUGGACUUGGUUUGCUUGGUAUAGCUUAAGGUGCCUUUCUUUUCUUUCUUUUUCUUUUUUCUUUCUCUCUACAUUAUUUUGUAGGGCUUGUUAUAAAUGUGGAAAACUAGUCCAAUAGACUUUGUUACCUUUGCCCCAGGCCACCCCAAACUUUUAUGCUCACAUUUUAUUAAAUGAAGCAGGUGCUCCCUGGAAUCUCUGGGACCUUUUUGAGGCAUUUGAAGCAGAAUAUAAAGAGUGGUCUCAUCUCCUUCCUUAAUCUUCAUAGUGAUUGGGAUGUUCCACUUGUAUCAUAGAUUUUUUUAUUACUGAUGUGCUCCGCUGUUUUUAAAUGUGAACUUGUGCGCAAAUGUGCAGAUUCAAUGUUCUUGUUACAGACUGAAUAAAUUUUUAUUUUGAAGAUGAAA